UUCUCCCUGGCCGCGUCCGCCCAGGCUCCGCGCCUCAUCACCGGCCCCUCCCCCCUGCUGCAGCAGGCCGGGCUCCGGACCCCGACUCCGGGGGGCCCCGCCCUGAUGCCGCUGAUCCGCCAGAUCCAGACGGUGAUGCCCAACGGGGCCCCCCACCCGGGCGGGGCCACGCUGCUGCCCCAGGGCCCUGAGGGGGGCCUGAUCUACGCCUCGCCCUACGACUACCCGUACGCGCUGGCGCCGGCCGGCUCCCUGGUGGAGUACCCCCUGGACUCGGCCGGGGUGCUAGGUAAGCACCUGCAGCCCUGCUCCUGUGAGUGCUCGCCCACACCCCACCACCACCACCACCACCAGCUGCACGCCCAGUGGAGCCCCCACCCCCACGCUGCUGCUCCGGCACACCUCCUAGACCCCCGACCCCCGACCCCUGACCCCCCGACCCCGAACCCCUGAACCCUGACCCUGUUUCCCCAAACCCCCUGACCCAUCCCCUCAUCCAGGCCCCUCCCCCCCUACAGAGUAAGCCACGCCCACUCGGUCCUUCGAGGAGAGGAGGGGAGUGAGGGGGAGACGGAGGGAGGGGAAAACCAAGAGGGAGAGAUAGAGAGAGAGAACAGAGAGAGAGAGAGAACAGAGAGAGAGAGACCUUCAGCUGAUGCUAGGUGUGAUGGGCGCGAGCAAGAGAUGAGGUGACUUCCUUCCUCCUCUCUGUCAGUGAGCAGAAACCUGGUGGGAGCUCAGAGUGACCUCAGCAGGCCACACCCCCCGGCGGAUUGUCUGUCUGAGCAGUCGGGCAGUAACACACAGACACACACACCAUAACACACACAGACACACACACACCAUGACACACACAGACACACAUCAAACCCGCACCCUGUUUGACCUCACGCUACUUUAUUUAUUUAUUUAUUGUCCUCACUUUACUUUGAAGCACUUGGCUGACUGUCACACACCGAGAGGAAGGAGAUCGAACCUGAACUCAACCUUCCUCACAAGAGUUUAAACAGCCCAGGACAGGACGGCAGCUCCAACAAGGGCUGCUGCUGCCUCUGACACACAGACAGGUGACGGACAGAUGAUACAGACACACAGACAGGUGGACGGACAGAUGGAGAGACGAUACCGACAGACAGACAGGUGGACAGACGAUACAGACAGACAGGUGGGCAGACAGAUGAUACAGACAGACAGGUGGACAGACAGACGAUACAGACAGACAGACAGGUGGAUAGACAGACAGACGAGACAAACAGACGAACAUCAGUCAGAAAACCUGAUCGCUACUCAUUGGUCCUUCACUCUAGUCCUCCCGCCAGAGGCGACACUCACACACACACACAGACAGACACACCCACAGACCCACACACCUGUCCCCCUGACCUCCUGUUGACCCCCACCUGAUCAGCUAGUCGCCCCUCUCCCUCGCCGCUCUCGCCCCUCUCUCUCUCUCUUCUCUCGCUCUCCGGCGCCAUCAGUAUUAUAUUUAAGAAGCUCGGACCCCCGCCAGCCUAGCAGAGACCCCCCUCCCCCGGUUCUGCUCCUACAGAACCGGGUCCCCGGUGACCCCCCCACGAGGGGCCGUGUGGACCCCGCCCCCAGGGGCCAGCACUGUCAGAGCCCCUCUGUCUGAAGAUCGUUUUGUGCCUUAACGCGUGUGAUGUGUAAUGAUUUGUGGAUAAUGUGUUGUUCUGGGCGUGUGUGUGUCUGUGAGUUGCCGUGUCUACGUGUCGUGUGGUUUCGUGGUGUACUUUGGGUUGCUUUCGGAGGGAUGGACCGCCACUGUUUCCCAGAGUCUGACGUGUACAGACCUGGAGCCAAAACGAUGGACACGUGGUCGAUGUCCCUCUCAGACACUGCUCUGCUCGCUGUUCCUCACAGACGAUGAGCUAUCUCCACCCCUGAUGGAACACGACCCGGUCCACAUUCCCUCCUCCCUUUCCUUUGGUUCCGUUGUGUGUCUUUUCUACGACGCCGCGUCGGUUGUGUGUGUGUGUGUGUGUGUGUGUGUGUGUGUGUGUGUGUGCUGUGCUCUGAUCCGAUUGGACGCUGAGGAGCAGCUGUUUCCUGUUUGCCGCGCUGCAGGUGCAGCCACUAAAGUGCGGAGGCCCGGGCUGCGGCUCCAUCCUUACCAAAGGAUGCUGAGCGCAGGCAGAGGUCAGUCCCUCAGUCCGCCCAGAGCACGCCCACCCCGCUGAGCACCCACGCAGUACUACACAGUGUAACGCAGUGCUACACAGUACAACGCAGUGCUACACAGUACAACGCAGUACUACACAGUACUUCACAGUUCCACGCAGUACUAAACAGUACAACGCAGUACUACACAGUAAAACGCAGUACUGCACAGUACAACGCAGUACUACGCAGUACCAGUACCACGCAGUACAACGCAGUACUACACAGUACUACACAGUACCAGUACAACGCAGUACCAGUACCACGCAGUACAACGCAGUACUACACAGUACUACACAGUACCAGUACAACGCAGUACCAAUAGAGUACAGUAGAAAAGCUGAAUCACUCCGACCGUCACCAUGAAAACCUCGGCCUAGAUACGACCGGGGCUGGAGAGGAAAUGUAGACCAAGGUUCUGAUGGCGACGGAGGGCUCUGUCCGGGGGUGUGAGGGGUCUAUCCCGGCGGGGCCGGGUAGGUUGUGGGGCCCCCAGCCGGACAGAACCAGAGCAGAAUGCUACGGGGCGGGGCGGAGGGCCCAGAGCGCCAGAGCACCGGACACUCUGCCAAAACAACGCCUUGUUCUACCUUCUAACGGCCGAGGGAGACCUCGCCGUUCGGUUGUGGUCUUAGGCCACGUAAUAUUUUAUAAAUGAUUAUGACUGAUGAUUAACGCCGUGUUUGUUUAGACGCACGCUCACUAUUAGCUGUGUUGUUGCCGUAGCGAUGUGGGGCUCCGUCGUUUAGAUGACACUCGUGGUGUCCAUGACGACCGGCGGGCCCCUUGUUUUUAGUCCCCUCCUAAACACGUCUAAUUUAUCUUUAAGUCUUAAAAUCUAAAAAGCUCUUCUAAGCGCCCCACACUGACACUGACAUGUCGUUAAAUAUUCAUAAAAUGUUAAGUAUUAAAAUAUUGCCUUUGUUGUUUUGACACGGCCAUGAUGGCAACCCCACCCCCCCACACUCCCCAAGCUGAGUAUAUCUCUCUAAACCCCGGCUCGUUAGACAUUCGCCAAUAGCCAUCCUCUGCCUAAACGACCUCGUUAAGGCGGGGUUGAAGCGUUGACAGUAAAACCCUAAAUUCACACAAACCCUUUUUUGAAUAAUUAAUCCCUGACAUGCUUUUAGUGAUGAUGAAUUUGAAUUUAAUCAAUAGAUAGAUAUAUAUCUGAGUAGUAGCUAAUUUGUAAUCACAAGUAAUUAAAAGCGCUCCUGUUCGCGUCCAGACUCAAAUUCGUACAAAUGCAAGUUAAAAAGAAAGUAAAAUCCCCAUUUCAAUUCUCCUUAAAAUGACUUAAACCAGUUCCCUGGAGAGCAGAAGCUCUUUUAGAUCUAAUGAUGGAUUUGAAAACCUUUAAAACGUCGACUCACAUCUCAGACUAGAAACCAAUCGCAGGCCCUUUAUAGCGGCCCCUGUGUUUAAAAUGUCCUAGCCAAUCAGAAGCACCGCCUAAACGGUGGGAGGUGUUUACGCGAGGGCUCGUUGGUUACUAAAAGGUCAAACCUUAAUAGCUACUGAACGAAAAGCUAAGUAAUGGAUAACACUGACAAAUUAAUGACACAAAUCUGAUUCAAUUGCACAAAAAAAGCCUAGGCUCCGCCCACCUGGCCAACAUCGACCACGUGUCAAUCACCCUGACGGACGCCUGUCUAAAACCUCCCCCCCCCCGAUAGGGGUGGCGCUGAGGUCAGAGGUCGAGAGGGUGGUGGGUGUGGGUCGGGUGGGGUCUGAGCGGUGCUGCUAUGGAGCGGUUCUGAUGGGGGCAGGGGGGGAGGGGGGGGGAGAGAGAAACGGUUGUCUUUAUUCAACAGCUAGCGUUAGCAUGUAGCCAAACAUGUCUUCCCUUCGGGGUCGAACCCCAGGUAAACGAGCGGGGGCCAUGUUGUGAGGCUAAGCUGUUCCUCAGGAGGAGGUCCCAGUGUCUUUAGAGGCUCGGUCAAACACAACGCACCACGAGUGGAGGACAGGAAGGAGCCGAUCGGGGCACAUGCACCUCCUUUAUUCCAGGAGGGAAGACAUCCUGGACGGUACUUUCGAUUUGGGAAACAAGGCUGAGUGAUAAAGAAACCAGAUCUACCCUCUCUGUUGAACUGUGCUUGUUUAGGAGAGAGCGAGAGAGAGGAGGGAGAGGGAGAGAAUGAGAGAACGAGAGAGAGAGAGAAAGAGAGAGAGAGAGAGAGAGAGAGAGAGAGAGAGAGAGAGAGAGAGCGAGAGCGACAGAGAGAGGGAGAGAGCGACAGAGAAAGAGAGAGAGUGAGAGAGCGACAGAGAGAGAGAGAGAGAGAGAGAGAGAGAGAGAGAGAGAGAGAGAGAGUGAGAGAGCGACAGAGAGAGAGAGUCAGAGAGCGAGAGAGAGAGAGAGAGAGAGAGAGAGAGAGAGAGAGAGAGAGAGAGAGAGAGAGAGAGAGAGAGAGAGAAAGAGACUGGCAUAGAAGGAGUUUAUUUGCACAGAUCUAGAGUAGUGGUUCCUCUGCCCCGUCAGAACAGAGGUGUUGAGCGCUCCCACAAAGCUCAGAUGUUCCAGAGGAACAGAGUCUAGUCUGAACUGAAUCCUCCACCAGACCUCGCCAGAGAAUGAACGCGUUUUUACCACAAAAACACAAAUGAUUUGACUUGAGACUUUAUUUUUUAUGUUUUACUGUAAGUUUCUUUUUUUUUGUUAUUGUUGCAAAGAAAAUAGUAUUUACUUUUUUGCUUGAAGUAUAUAUAUAAAUAUAUAUAUAUAUAUAUAUAAAAUAUAAAAACAGGAAUGUAUAUGAAAUGUCAGAUUUUAUUUGUAUUUUGCAAAAAAAUAAAGAAAUAGACAAAAUAUUCUAGAUGGCAAUUUGCAGGAAGGAAAAAGUGUCAUUUUAGCAGCUAUAUAGUGCUACUUAGAAAUAUUCCUCUAUUUUUUGAAUAUAUAUUUAGGGGUUUAUACGAACAAAAAAAGGUUAUUUCCAGUGUUUAUAUGCAAGUGCAUCUGAAUCCACCGUGUAAAUUGUCCACUGUCUCUUUAAGCUGGGGCCGCCAGCUGUAGACAGGCUGCCAUCUUGAAUGCUAUUUAGCACAAGUAGCAUUGCUUUGUAUGAAAAGAGCAAAGGUGUCCCAUGUUUGUUUUGUUGUACAUAGAAACCAUUGUGGAAAAAGACAAUAAAACUGCCAUUGGGUUUUAAAAAAACAACAA